AUGUCUGGGCGCGGCAAGGGAGGCAAGGGUCUCGGCAAGGGCGGCGCCAAGCGCCACCGGAAGGUGCUGCGCGACAACAUCCAGGGCAUCACCAAGCCGGCCAUCCGUCGCCUGGCUCGGAGAGGCGGCGUGAAGCGCAUCUCGGGGCUCAUCUACGAGGAGACCCGCGGCGUGCUCAAGACCUUCCUCGAGAACGUCAUCCGCGACGCCGUCACCUACACGGAGCACGCCCGCCGCAAGACCGUCACCGCCAUGGACGUCGUCUACGCGCUCAAGCGCCAGGGCCGCACCCUCUACGGCUUCGGCGGCUAG